ACGAUACCCUGUAAUGUGGUCGUAUGCGAGGCAUUCAACGGGCUGUGCCGAUUGGCCGUGAAUAGCGCAAUGGCCGCGCCACUCGACGUGCGGGCGGGCAAUAUUGUGAAUUUGCCCGUUUGCAGCUCGGAGCGCAACGGCUCCGCAUCGGCAUCAAUGUUGUACAGGUAUUCCCGCUGGCGUAUCUGCUCGUGCUGCUCGUAGAGAGAUACGGCUCGUGGUAUAUCAAAUUUACGGGCAUACAGAAACUUGACGGCUGUCGUGUGCGAAAUGUGACGC